UACUGUGAGCGAGGCAGGUGGGCGGAGGCGAGGGUGGAGUUGUUGCUUGUGCCGGGCCCACACCCUGAACAUCUUGUCCCACUGCGCCCAUCGGGGAUGAGUCAGGAGGAGCACAUCCACCAACAAAGCACGGGGCCGGGGCGACCCAGGGCGUGAAGAAACCCUGGGGAGGGAGUAAGAGGAGGAUGGAGAACAGACACUUUGAAACAGAAAGAAAUGUGAAAAAUAAAAAUCGUGCGGCUGCAGCACUUUCACCCGUCAGAGCUGGCUUGGAAGCUGAGGCCAGCGUGACCAGCAAGGGUGAUUUACCCUUCCCUCGCCGGGCUGCCAAGAGCACAGGAAGAGGCGCCGUCCUGUCCUGAGUGGAAGCCUCUACUGCAGUUCUGGGCAGAAGGAACAAUGCCUGGCAGGGAGCACACCGGUUUGUGUCUCACCAAAACGGAGAUGAGGGUAUGCAGCCCGGGAAAGAGACGGGAGGAAUAGGAAGGGCCACUGCUGAGCACCGGGUCCCUCAUGGAGUCGACAGGGAGGCGGAGGUCCAAAAUGAGCCUGGGUCUGGAGCCCUAGGUCUAAGGAGUCCUGCUGAGGGCCAGAGGGCCCAGCUGAGAGCCGCCAGCACCCCGUUCUCUGAAGGGGCAUCACAGUGCAGAAUGGCCAUUGUGACAGCUUCUGCUAGUGUCUAGAAACUGGACAGUGGGAUUCGGCUGAAACUGACUGCCAAAUGUAGGUGUGUGGGGACCCCUGGCAGGCGCGUGCGGGCAGAAGCUGGGCACGGAAGGGGCGGAAUUCAUCUCAGUUCACUUCAUCUCCCCAGCUCCUGCUCAAGCACAGGGUAAAGGGUCUGUGAUGUCAUGGAAGGUCUCCGUGAUGUCAUGGGGGGGCAAGACUAGGGCUGAGAGUCCAGGUGGGCCAGGCACACAGGUCAGGGAGGUGCUGUCUCAGCCUCCCAAAGGCUCGUGGGUGGGGCACUGCUGGCAGGGCGGGACAGCGUGGCACAGAGAGGUGAGGUAGGAGCUAAAUAAAGAAGUAGCAACAACAAUGAGAAGCACCUGAAUAGUGUUCCUGGCUGUCAGCCAUUGUUCAGGGACUUUAUAUGCACUGUGUUGUUUGGUUCUCACAGUGUGCUAGGAAGUAGGUGCUUUUGUCUCCAUUUCUCGGAUGAGCAGCAGGCAGAGACUAAACGACGCACCUGCAUGGCACGGCUGGUGGAUGGCAAAGCCAAGAUUCCUGAUGCUCCCAGCCACUGCCGCUCUGGAGGAGUUAGGCAGGCACACGCGCUUGUGCCAAGGGCCAGGGCACAAACCUUCUCUGGUCGGCCGCCCUGGGGACCGGGUGAAUCUCUCCUGUGUGGGGGUCUCGCACCCCAUCCGCUGGGCCUGGGCACCCAGCUUCCCCGCCUGCCUAGGCCUGUCCAAAGGACGCCGCCCGAUCCUGUGGGCCUCGGCCAGCGGGGUCCCCACUGUGCCGCCCCUCCUGCCCUUCGCCGGCCGCCUGCGUUCCCUGGACCCUGCCGUCCGCCGGCUGGAGCUACUCGUGAGCGCAGGGGACUCGGGCACCUUCAUCUGCAAGGGCCACCAAGAAGAAGAGAGCCGCACGCUGCUUCACGUGCUGGGGGACACGGCCGACUGCAGGGCCCCGGGGCCCAGCCACGGGUCGGUGUAUCCCCAGGUCUUCAUCCCUCUGCUGGGCGCGGGGCUGGCGCUGGGCCUGGGGGCGCUGGGCGUGGUCUGGUGGCUGCGCAGGUGAGCGGGGGCGUGGCCUCGUGGCUGCGCAGGUGCGCGGGGCGCGGCCCCUGGGAUGGCGUGGUCGGGAGCGGGGAGGGCGCGACCCGAAGCUGCGGGGGUGGGAGGGAGAGCGCGAUCGAGCUCCGCGCGCGCGGUUUGGAGGAGGCGAGAGGUCGGCCCGGGAGAGCGAGGUCGCAGGGUGCCGUGCGCGGCCCUGGCGGAAGGGACCGAGCCAGAGCGCCGCAGGAUGCGAGCGUGGGCCGCCUAGCGCGGAAAGGAGCCUACGCUGUCCCGGUGGGUCAGAGCCUGCAAGUUGCAGGGGUGACGUUGGCCGAGGAGAACCAGCGCGACGAGAUGGGCGACUCUCACAGGCUGCCCUCUCCCUCGCAGGCGCGCGCCCCCGCCCCCGCUGCCGCCGCUGCCCGCGUUCGCUCCACUUGUGAAAGCAGAGUCCCCGGCGCCCGCAGUGGAGUGGGUGGAACCCGAGAUUCCAGGGGACCUGGACCCGGAGGAGCCGAGCCUGCUGUACGCAGAUCUGGACUACAUGGCCCUCAGGAGGCCCCGCCGGCUGUCCUCGGUGGUCCCUGCUGACGCGUCCACUGUCUAUGCGGUUGUAGUUUGAAGGGCACCCUUUACCCCGGCCCUCCUGGGGGCCUCUCCCCUGGAAGGGGAAUCCGGGGGGCAGGUGACCUGGGUUCCAGCUCCCUGCCGAAGCUCUUGCCCCAUCCCUCCUACAACCUCCGCUAUGGCUUCGCCAGCGGUGUCUUCUCUAAGCCUGAUUGAGCCCUGUCUCCCACCUGAGACAUCCGAACUCCCCUGCGUUUGCCCUGUCUCUUCAGAAUCCAGCGUUUUGAUCCAGGGGUGUACACCUGCUCUUUUCAUUUUCUUCUGAAAUUGAAUUUCAUUUUCUGCUGAAACUGCUUACCUACCCUCCACGAGGACGCCAGGGAUGUCCUAGGCGCCAUUCUUUAGCAUUCGUCUGGCUUGGCUUUGAUCACCCCCUCCUUUAUGCUCUGUUCUACUUUGCUGCUGGUGUCCUCCUUCUGAACUCCUUAUUCCCUCGCCCCACAGUGUGCCCCGCAAUUCUAGGUUUGUUCCGUUCUUUUUUACCUUCACUCCCCUUCAGGAAGACUUCUAGCCACAGCCCAUCCUCAGCCUCCAGCUUUGCAAAUGGCUCCCAGAAUUCUCUCCUGCCCAGAUCUAGUACGGUGUCUCUGGCUGCCCCCGGCAUUUUGCAAACAUGUCAAACCCAACUCCUUGUCAUCUCCCAAGUCACUCGGGGAAUCCUCCUUUGCAUUUACUUUUUUUUUUUUUUUUUUUCUUCCUUU